GUUGCUUAUUCGAGGUGCAGAAACGAUGCUGAUUGUGUCAAGAUCAGCAACAACUCAUUUUUGUUAUGGCAACGACGCGGGGCAACUGGGGAAACUGCAAAUGCGCGGAAGAUUUCGAACUGUUGACAAGGGAAACGCAACUCACUUUUCUUGUCUCAAAUAUGUUGGUUACAAUGAGCCAUGUGAAAUAGAUAUCCAGUGCCACAAAAACUUGUCGAUAUAUGCCGUUUGUAAGGAAGGAAAAUGUCAGUGCAUGGAAAAUGCACAUCUUUAUACUGACGGAAAAUGCUACGUAUCACUUUUAUUGGAAGAUUUUCUGCCACGCUGACGGCAACUGUUACCUGAAAAACGGUUCUUUCGGACACUGCGUGGACGGAAGAUGUGCCUGUGUGAAAGACACCGAAGUUCCAUCGCAAGAUUUGACGAGUUGCGUUGAGGGUAGAUACUUAGGUCAAUCCUGCAUCUCGGAUGAUCAGUGUGGAAUCGUGGACAACGCUGUUUGCCGGUGACUUGCAAGUGCGCAGUCGGGUACGCUUUGUCCAGGGACGAGAAGAGGUGCCUAAAGCUGCUACAGUUUUCGACGACAUUUGCGAAGAGUCUGAGCAAUGCUCCACGUUUCUGACAGGAAGUAUAUGCAAAUUGGGAAAUUGCACCUGCCCAGAUGGUCACCAUGGCUACGGUUCCAAGUAUGUAUUGACCGUAA